UCCAGAAAUUACUUUAAACCAGCGUGAGUUUUGGGUGGGGGCAACAAAGUCUCUGAAGGCUCAGAAAUAUAUGGUGCGGUCAUUCUCUCUCACAAAAGCUGGAACUUGGCCCGUCUCACAAGAGAGAGUUGCAGUAGAAGCUUAUCUCGAAGUCAGGAGACUCAGGGCUUCCUGAUUUUGUCUCUACUAUAAAAAUUCUUUCAAGGAUCUUCGAUGGAAAAAGGGCUUUCGUGCAUGUGCAUCAAGCUAUAAACGCUCCAAAACAGGCCCCCUACUUGAUCAUACAUCUCAAUUUUCCUUGUCUUCAUUUUGUGUCACUUUUUUUUAAUUCUUAUCCAGCGAAUUUAAAUACAAGAUACAGGUGAAGACAGGUGCUUUGAAUUCAGAUGUCAUCUUUGGCUACUGGGGCACCCGAACGGCCCCAAAAAUCCAUAUAUAUAUAUAUAGGAACAAGAAGCAUUCCAAAGCCCCCCCAAAUAAUAAUGCUUGAAUGAAUCUCUAUGGAUCAAGAAGCCAUACCAAAACCAAAACACUGUCGAACUCAAGCCUCUUCCGAUGAGACUUUGCUGUUGCCAGGCUUACCAAACCACCUUGCACAGCUCUGCCUUGCAAAAAUCAACCCUUCCGUUCUCUUCUCUGUUUGCCGCUCAUGGCGGCGCCUUAUCUACUCUCCUUCCUUCCCUCCUUUUUUCUCUCUCUACGCCAUUCUCUCUCCACCACCACCUCAUCACCACCACCACAACCCCAAUUCCCCCAUUCAGUUCUCCUCACUAGACCCCAUAUCAAACACAUGGACAUCUCUCCCUCCUCCUCCCUCCUCCCCUCCUCUCCAACUCCUCCACUGCCACCCGUCCUUCCUCUCCCGAAAACUACCGAUCCAAUGGUUGUCCGUCUCCGGCCGCCUUGUCCUCGUUGCUGCCACUACCCACCAGUUCACACCAGCGAUGCCUCGUCCUCUUGUUUUCCAACCACUGUCCAACCAGUGGUCCUUCGGCCCCCCGCUGCCCGAGCCGCGCCGCUGGUGUGGGGUCGGGACUGUGGGUGGAAAAGUGUACGUGGCUAGUGGGAUUGGAACAACUUAUAGAGGAGAUGUUGCGAGGUCGAUGGAAGAAUGGGACACUAAGAGAAAGGAGGCUUCUUCGUCAUGGGUUAAGAAGGCAUGCCUUAAAGAUGGAAGGUUUAGCAGGGAGGAUGUGGAGGCAAUUGGGUACAGAGGGAAGCUAUGGAUGGUGAAUUCCAAGGGCAAUGCAGUCAAAGAAGGGGUUGUCUAUGAUGUGCAGAAGGACACGUGGCAAGUCAUGCCUCAAGGCAUGCUCGGUGGAUGGAAUGGGCCAGCUGCUGCAACCAUCAAUGAUGAUGGUCAUGAUGACCAUGAUGAUGAUGAUGUGAUGUAUGUGGUGGAUGAGAGAAAAGGAGUAUUGAACAAGUAUGUUGAUGAAAAUGACUGCUGGGAAAUGGUGAUGGAGUCGGUUGUGUUAAGAGAGGCUGAGCAAGUUUGUGCCGGGAGGGGGAGAGUUUGCGUGGUUUGUGCUAACGGAAGAAGGAUUGUGGUGGUAGAUGUCGUGGCGACACCACCGCGAAUUUGGGUGGUGGAGCCGCCGCCGAUGUUGGAAGUUGUGGCUGUACACAUUUUGCCUAGGAUGUGUAGGACGGAUUGAUAUUUUAAUUGCUCUUCAUGAUUUAAGAAUAGUUUAAUAUAGCGUGGAUAUGACGAUAUAUCAAUCCUCAUAGAUCACAAUGUGUGUGUGUUUUUUUUUGGGCUAGAUAAAUAUGAAAUGGAACUUUUUGUUAUAAUUCCUAUCAAAUGCAAUAAAGAAAAGAACAAUGAAAGUUACUUACAUGUAGAGAUCAAAUGUAGUUUUGGUUCUAAUUUCUUUAAGGAUUAUGUUCUUUAGCUAGUUAAC